AUGCGUUUGCACAAUGGGCGCGUGUCACGGUCACGCAGAGAUAUGUGGGGUGAGGAGCGUGAUGAACCCGCCUGCCGGCAGGUAGAAGAAGUCAUGCUGAGCGUUGAUCGAGCUGACUUUUGCCCAAGAAAUUCGUAUCAGGAUUUUCCGCAACAAAUUGGAUACAAUGCAACUAUUAGUGCUCCCCACAUGCACGCACUGGCUUUGGAACUUUUGAAAAAUCACUUAAGGGAUGGCAACACGGCAUUGGAUAUUGGCUCCGGCUCCGGCUAUUUAACAGUUUGCAUGGCACUUAUGGUCGGUAGAAGAGGAAGAGUAGUUGGCAUUGAUCAUAUCAAAGAACUUGUAGACCUUUCGAUUACUAACAUUAAUAAACAUCAUAGCGAUCUGUUUUUGGAUGGGCGGAUAACAAUGGUUACGGGUGACGGUCGUAAUGGAUACAGAGCUAGCGCUCCAUAUACAGCUAUUCAUGUUGGUGCUGCUGCACCAAAACUUCCUGAUACAUUGGUAAAUCAGCUUGCUCCAGGCGGUCGAAUGAUUAUUCCAGUAGGUGAAGUUUUCAGUGAUCAACAUAUUGUUCAGGUUGACAAAGAUUUGAAUGGUAAUGUAAAAGUUGAAGAAUUAUUCGGUGUUCUAUUUGUUCCCCUUACAGAUAGGAAAUACCAGCUUGGCCGUUUAAAAUUCAAAUAG